GUGUGUGUGUGUGUGUGUGUGUGGGUGGUUAGAGAUAGGGUUUGACACAGUGGUUGGAGGGGUGUGGAGGGGGGACUUUGCACGCCCACUCAGCUGUGCUCCGGUGCUCCGGACUCAGAAGCACCCCCUAUGUGAAAACAUUCCGGAUGUCGGCUCAGCUCAGUCUCAUCUUACUCUCUCUUUUUCAUAAUGAGCAGCUUCCUCCUCUCACAGCGCAGUCUGACACAAUCUAAAGAUGUCUUGAGGAGUGCUCACACACCGUUGUUUCUCUGAUAUUACCGAGCAAACAGGGCCUCCGUCGUUAGUUAGAUGUGAGCCGCCGGUGAUGAUAGAUUAUUUCCAGAGAUGUAGCAGCGGCCUCACACCUCCGUUACUUGGAAACCGUCAGAAGUUUGCUGCGGAAAGUUUUUUUCUCUCCGGAUGGAAGAAGAAGUUUUGAGACAAAGCGGGUGCCACGGGGCUGUUCCCCCUCCUGUUUUGUAAUAAUGGAGGAAGCCGUGCUCUGAGCGACACGAUGUCUUGGGGAGAGUUCAUCGAGCUCCGUGACCUGAGGACGGACAGAGAGCAGAUAGAGCUGACACAUGGGACACAAACGCCCUGCUUCCCUCCACGCCUGGAGAGAACCAACGCCCUGAGGAUCAGCCCGGGGAAGGUCCCAGACCUGCUGAGCAGGGUGGGCAUCAUCAGACUCCUGAGCAGCACCCAGGACCCCCAGCCUCUGGAGGAGAAGGGGGAGGGACACAACUUCCAGCCAUGUAGCCACGCUCAGCCCACGUGGUGCGACCUAUGUGGAGACUUCAUCUGGGGACUGUACAAGCAGAGCCUGCGGUGUGUCAAUUGUAGAUUCACGUGCCACUACCGCUGCCGUGCUCUGAUCCAGUUGGACUGCAGCUGGGACCGAGGCUCUGCGGCCGACCAAACAUGUGUUGUGGAGCACACCAUAGAAACGGACACAAAUGUGGUAAGGACCUCAGUGUCUUCUAUCAGAAGUGGUAAUAGUCACGGUUUAUUUGCUUUUGAAGGCAUCUUUAGCAUCAAGAAGUUGCAACCACAUUGUGCCACCGUGAUUACCAUUAAAAAAAAAAAAAACAGUGAGGAAACUGGAUGCUUCCUCAAGCCUCUAAUUUGAUUGUCACAUUGUGUGUUACCUGUAAAUUCUGCUGGACUGUGUUAGGGAACAAAAUCAGUUGUAUAAUGGCCAAAAAUGGGAACCUCCAUACAUACAUGACAGUAAAAACACACCCUUAAUCCAGUUCCACUUACUGCAAACUGGGGAAGUUUGCUAUUAUUGAGAAACA